AUGUUCUCAGGUCAUCCUCAGGAACUUUUCUUCAUCGGGGAACAAAGUGUCAAGUUCCAGCACGAAAGGUCCGUCUCAGACAUUGAUGUCUCACGGACGCCCGUCAAACCGGCCCUACCAAUGGCCUUCUUCCACUCUCGCAGCUGCCCCGUCCCGACGCGCGGACCGGCCGGAUCCCGGGUUUUCAUUGGUCGCCGCGCGGCCGGGGGGGGAGGGGCCCAGCCAAUCGGGGCGGGGAGGCGCGGGGACGCCCCGCCCCUGGCGCGCGGUCGAGGAACGGUGGCGGCCGGAGGCCACAGCCCUGUCCGCGAUCACCGCGCCAAGCUUUUCCUGUGGAGAAUUGAAAUUGGAGGAAGAUCAUUUCACCUUCACUUUGAACUUCUGCCCACUUCUGUCAAACUCAGGAACGGGAUCUCUUCCACUGUGGUAAGCGUGACUGGUAUGGGUAAUGGUGUGAAGGAAAGUCAUGUGGGUUUAAGGAAGAGCGAUGUGGAGACAGUCUUACCCACUCCUCUUGUUUCCAAGGGAAUGGAUGAUCAGAAUAAAGUUUUCAACUCUCUGAUAUCUGGGGCAUUGGCAGGUGCUCUUGCCAAAACGGCAGUAGCUCCCCUGGACAGAACAAAAAUCAUCUUUCAAGUGUCUUCAAAACGAUUUUCCGCCAAGGAAGCCUUUAGGCUGAUCUACUUCACCUACCUCAAUGAAGGGUUCUUCAGCCUGUGGAGAGGCAACUCCGCCACUAUGGUUCGGGUCAUCCCCUAUGCUGCUAUCCAGUUUUGUGCACACGAGGAGUACAAGCAGCUCUUGGGACGCUACUUUGGAUUCCAGGGAGAAGCUUUACCCCCUUGGCCAAGACUCCUGGCCGGCGCCCUGGCGGGUACAACUGCCGCUUCGCUAACGUACCCCCUGGAUCUGGUCCGAGCCCGGAUGGCUGUCACCCCAAAGGAAAUGUAUGGAAACAUCUUUCACGUCUUUAUCCGAAUGUCCCGGGAAGAAGGCUUAAAGACCUUAUAUAGGGGCUUCGCACCAACAGUCCUGGGUGUUAUACCGUACGCCGGCCUUAGUUUCUUCACCUAUGAGUCCCUGAAGAAAUUUCACCGAGAACACAGCGGACGGUCCCAGCCGUAUCCCUUCGAGCGGAUGCUUUUUGGGGCCUGCGCCGGUCUAAUUGGCCAGUCGGCUUCUUACCCUCUGGAUGUGGUCCGUCGGCGAAUGCAGACGGCGGGAGUCACGGGUCAUACUUACGGCACCAUCCUCUGCACCUUACAAGAGAUCGUCAAGGAAGAGGGAUUCAUCCAAGGCUUGUACAAGGGACUGAGCAUGAACUGGGUUAAAGGGCCAAUUGCAGUGGGAAUCAGCUUUACCACUUUUGACCUAAUGCAGAUUCUUCUCCGUAAACUACAGGGAAGAAGCGGUAACGAGAGCUAGUAGUCUAAUACUCCGGUGCCCCAAAGUAUUUAGAGAAUCAAAUGUGUCUGUGUAGAAAAUGCUAAUACUCUCCCACUCAUUAGUGCUCUCCCUCGUUAAUUGAUUUUGUAUUAUUAUUUUUUUUUUCACGAUCAAGUUUUCAGUUAUCUGUACCCGAAACAGAUCUUCUCUAACACCAGGUUCUUCUGGCUGAGAAGCAGGUAACCUCUGAGCCCUGGGUAGCGUUCUUAUGUUCUUGAACUGUUUGGGAUUUCCCAGUUCCCUCCUUAGACGCUCUUGUUCUCCUGGUUUAGUGGAGUGGAGAGUGCUUCUGAGAUGAGCCUGGAGGAGGAAGAGGGAGGGUGUCAGAGGAUCACUAUUUGCCCCGCCUGCUCGUUAGGGGUUUACGGUAGACGACACUCAGUGCCUGUCUGUUUUAAACCCCCUCCAAAGUGCAAUAUUUCCCAUAGGGAAGUUUGGGAGUUUGCUGGUUGCCUGAAUAGAGAGGAUGUGAAAUAAUAUAUUGACAGAGUUCUAUUUUAAUUUGUCAAAAGCUGAUCCCCAAAUGGGAUCCGAAAUGACAGUGGCCCAAGGUCUGGGACUUGCUGCCGUCAGCCUGUCCCCAAACUCAAUGAUUAGCACUAGGAGAUCCAAGGGCAUGGCCAAGGCGAGUGGCCAUUUCGGUCUAGUCCGGUGAGCCGUCCGGGCUGGCCAGAUGGACUCCGACCCUCCGGGGCCCCACGAUACCCGUUUUGGCUCCUUCUGGAUCCCGAGAGGCCGAACCUUAAAUUCUGGUUUGUAGACAGCGGAGAGCGGGAAGUGUGGUUUCCCCUCGCCUGCCUAGAAAUCAUUUUUGUUUGGUCAAAAAGUACCCCCCACACUCUUUUGUGGGGGGCCAUCUUGUGUAUGUGUGGGCGUUUUUUUUGUUUGUGUGGUUUUUGGGGGGGUUUUGUUUGUUUUUUUUUGUGAGAGAAAGAGAGUAUGUUCUUUACUUUCUGGGCCAGAGAGGCUAGGAGUGGAAGACUCAUUUCCAGAAUUGCUAUCAAGUUGUUUUUCCUGGGAAGCGUUUCCAGACCAAAAUGCCUCCGUUUAACCAAAUUAAGACUUCAGCAGUUUAAAGAGGGAUUGCUGCCAACUAACCCUCAAUCUGGUACUAACCGCUAUUAAGUAGUCUGUGAAAAUAAUCGAGUCUCACCAGAUGUUUGUCACACCUAGAAUAUAUUUAUGUGGCAUCUGUUUUAGUUGAGGCCCCUGAAAUCUCCCUGUAGUCCUAGCUUCCAGAAACUCAGUUUUCUCGAGGCCUACACAGUGUACGCUUGUGAUUCUAAUGGGCCGAACCUGGUCGUAGGUAAUGUUACCAAGAGCAGUUCUGCCGCUACUCAUCAUUAGAAUGUUUUGGUGCCGUAUUUUUCCAAGUUGUACAUGAAACCUAGAGGCAGAAAAAGCAGGGCUAGCUGCAUGCCCCUGUUUUCAAAUGGCUAGCAGGGUGACAUCCACCUAGUGAGGUACUUUAAGAGUGUAUGUGCUUUUGAGUGUAGCUUUGUUGUUUUUUGGAAAUUCACAGAAUCUUCCCAAAUUAAACUUGGAACCCAAAGAGGAGGGGAGGAACCCCCCGGAUCCUGCGUGUCCCAGGCAUACCCCUGCCCAAUUAGAGGGAGAGCCUGGAAGCAGGAGAUUUUUCUUCCCUCCUGGAGGGCUGCUGCUAAACUGGAAAGAACUGAACGAGACUAAUCAGGAGGAAGGCAAACAUAGGUGUGGAAACCAUAUUGUUUUCCAAGUUUAAAAUCGUUAUCGUCACUUUCAUUGGUGUAGUAGGAAGAUCACUGUACUGUUGGUGACGGUGAAUUCCUGGAUCUCUGUUGUUCUUUCAUUCUGUGGUAUUUAUUGAGCGCUUACUGUGUGCAGAGCACUGUACUAAGCGCUUGGGAGAGGACAACACCCCAGAAUCGGUAGACACAUUCCCCGCUCACAACGAGCUCACGGUCUUGAGUCCGCUUUUAAGCCAAAGAGUUUUGGGGAGAACAAGACGACAGCUCCCGGGUCUCUGGUCCUCGGACCCGUGUGGCUUUGGCCGAGGACAUUCGACCUGGAGGCUCUAAGUAUUCCCAUGUUCUAGCGAAGCUCCAGAGUCCGAGUGGGGUGCAAUGUGUGGAGUGGGGCGAAGGUUCCCCUGUCCCGGCUGAACGAGCGCCAAUCUCAGAGGCAAAGGCUGCACAUCCCGGGAGAGAAAUGAAAUGGAAAUAUGGGACUGAUGGACAGGAAAGGGUGGUCUGUCGCCAGUGAGCUACCUCCAGCCCCGCCAUAGCUGCUGAGUAAGAGGAGGACGAGAAGGAGGAGGAGUAGUAUUUAUUAAGCUCUUACUUUGUGCAGAACACUGUACGAAGCACCGGGAGGGAAAACGUGGGUGGGAAGUAGACAACCCCCAACCCCCGUCCCUCAGGGGGCUCACAAUCUGAAAUUAGCAAACCACAAUAUCUAGUUUUAUGCACUUUCAAAGCACGGAAAGUGACCUGUGAAGUGUUAGGGCUCCUGUCGAUAUCGGGAGUUUUCAUCCCUUCCUUUCUGGUGCCACAGAUCAAACCCACCCCCAGCAGUGAACAACGAGGUCUCUUAGCAGACUUGACGAGCAGAAGGAGCUGGAUGUUAGGGCAGGGUGUGCAGGCUUGGCUGGCUCAGCCCUUCUGUCCCGGAAUCGGGAUCCCUUCGGGGCUCACUGCCCUCAGCCACCGAGAUGGAGAACUGGAACCGGGUCCCACUAAGGGGUCCGGAAGUCUGGGGUGUGGAGUCUGUCCUCCCCUCCCUGCCAACGUUAUAUUUCCGACUAGAAGAAUCAAAGUGUAACUGACAGCUAGGCUGAUUUUUCCCAACUUGUCUUUAGUAAUCCAGCGUUUUCCCCGAGUAGGGUGGGUUCUAGUCGUGCCAAUGACCUGAUGACUUUAAUCUGGUAGGUAGUUCGUGUGGUGUGUAAUUUUUGUUCUUUGCACAACAGACGGUCUUGUUAAAAUAACUGGGAUUGUGUGUGGAUCUUGUAGCCCUCUUUCAAUAGAUUUUUUUUUUCCUUGCCCUAUUUCUGGCUUGUGGGUGUGAUGAAAAGCUUUCUCUGCAUUCUAUCCUCGCAUGCAUCCACCCGGGACUCGGAAUCCCCAAAGAGGGGGUUCCCCACCUGCCCCCCUCCCGGUGGUCUAGAGCAGUCUGCAUGUUCGUAAGUAAGGGCCGCGCCGUGGCGUCCACCUCUGUCACUCUUGUUUUCCGGGCUCGCUGCCACCCACCAGGCCUCUCUUCCCCCUGGAUUUGGCACGGGGGCUUGUUGCCUGCCCCUGGCUCCAACACGUCGUCAGCCAAAGACUCCGUGCCUCUGUCUGGCCGUCCGCUUGGACCUUCAGGAACCGUGAAGUAACCUGUGUCGCACGGGAAGGUCGAUGGCGAAGUCGCCUGCAGUUGGUUACGGGAGCAUCUCUCAGACUUAGGGUCCCGCGGCUGUUCUGCCUCGGAAAACUGCCGUCGGUAGAGCCCAGCGAGGUGUCGUUCUAUGGGGGGAAUCUCCAGGCCGCAGGAGAGCUUGCGUCUGGUACGCUCUGUGAAACUAGAGGGCCUGAAUCUAGAGCAGGCGUCGUGGACCCGGGACCUGGGGUUUAACAGGGCACCUCCUCUCUCCUCAGUUCUCAUCCAUAACUCUCCCACCAACCCUCAGGAAGAGCUACUUUCCUCAGUUACCGACCCCAUCAUUCAAUCAAUCAACGGUAUUUAUCGAGUCCUUACUGUGUGCAGAGCACUGGACUAACCUAGGGCUGUUAAGGUGGUGCGGUGAUGCCUGAGAGAAAGCAGGGUAAGAGAGACAUCUUGGGGGGCGGGGAAUAGUGAGCCUCUUGGUUUGGGAAUACCUUAGUGACCCAGGUGAGUCGGCCACCGUCAGUCAAUUGUAUUCAUUGAGCGGUAAAUGCGUGCAGAGCACUGUGCUAAGCGCAUGGAAGAGUACAACAGUAUAACAGACACAUUCUGUGGAUGCUUUCUUUGGCAAGCACUGGGCAGCUGAGCCCCCCACCCCCUUGGGGCUUCGGAUUUCCAGGGGCUACCUUGAACCGUGGGGGUGGGAUCAAAGGAACGGCUUCUGUCCGACCUAGCCUGAAGCGAACGUGUGACUCUGAAGAAUGGAAAUCUUAUCAACUUUUUCUAUCCUCCAGGGCUAUGAGGGUGCAACUCCAGAAGGUGUUUGGGGCAAAUGUGGAGGGAUGGGACAGGAGAGAAAAAGAGUAAUUCCUGCCUUGGAGAAGCCCGCCACGCCCAAUUCUGUUGUUCCCGAGGAAGCGUGGUGGGGCCUCCACCCUGAUGACAGUGCUGAGCUGGGGCUGGGUUUGUGCUCUCGUGGAUCAAUUCCUGUGUGCUUGGUAACUGAAGAAGUUUGACCCGGGGCAGCUUAAGGGGCAAGCACGGGAUACCCGAUGUCUUGGGUCCUGGAGUUAACGAGUUUAGAAUGGAGUGAGAAAGCGUGUGUGCGUGUGAAAAGUAUGAGAAUUUGUAGAAAAUAGGGAUUUCUUGCCUGGAAGGGGUCCCCAAGACCUUUCAAGAGCUUUUGAAGCAGGUAUCCUUGUUCCCCGGGGAGUUUCCCCACGCUGCAAUUCUGAACACUCAACCCUCCAUUGCCCGGUUCUCCUCUGAAUGCCAUGCGAUGCAGGGACUUGACACUUGUUGCCCACCCAGCUGGCCUUUGCACAGAGCACAGAAACUGUUAAAUGCCUUUUGUAAAGAUGUGUUAUUGCCCUCCGUGUGUCGAUUAUGAUUGCUUUUAUUAGUCUGGAGUUAUAUUUUGAUGCAGUGAAGACACUUUGUUUAUAUAUAAUGUUUCUAUAUUUUAAGAUUUGUGCCAAGAGAGUAUAUUUAAUAAAAAUUAAAAUGCC